AUGUUUUGGAAACUUCGAAUAGUUAAAGGUUCUGCAGGAGGAUAUAAGAGAUCUCGUAAAGGCUUAUAUAAAGUGGUACUAAAAACUUUAUCUAAUUCAGAAUGUUCAUCCGAUUUUUUAAAAGAGUUUAAUAGUUAUAUUAAAUGUAAAAGUGAACUUGAAGUUUACUGGAUAACACAAGAUAAUAAAAAACAAUAUUUGAUAGUAUUUCAAUAUGCAAAUAAGGAAGAUCUUUAUAAAUCAUUAAAAGAAAGCCCUGGAGAAUUGGAUUUCGAUACUUCCAGCUCAUAUAACAUAAUAUGA